CAUGCUUUUAGCAAUGCCGGAAAAUGCCAAUCGGACGAAGAACACACCAGCAGGCUCGGAAGGAGGCAAGCAAUCAACAGUUCAAUGUACUUUUCAGACUGUCAACAUUGUUCUGAUUCUAGUGCAACAAAGAGACGAUACCUUCCUCCUAGUCCAGCGCGCUGACGCUACUGGUUGGUGGUUACCAGCAGGACGGGUACAUGAGGGUGAGACUCUGCAGGAUGCUGCUAUCAGAAAGUGCCGCGAGGACGGUGGUAUCAACGUGAAUCUAAAGGGAGUAUUGAGGCUGGAACACACUUUAGUCGCCAAUGAUCAGGCUCGUUUCAGAACAAUCUUCUACGCACAACCAGCAGACACAACAGAAUAUCCCGUAUCAGAAGUAGUUGUGAAGAAAAAAUGGAUGAAACUAUCAGAGAUCAAAAUGUGUGCCCUCAGAAAACCUGAACCCCUACAAUUUGCCGAAUAUAUCUCCCAAGAUGGUCAGAUCUACCCGCUCUCGCUGCUAGCAGUGGAAGGUACACCGCCUCCCCAGCAAUGCCGCAUGCACAUGAGCCGGUCGUGCGGAUGUAAUGCCAAGAUAGUUUACUCUUCUAUACAGAUGAAAAUGCAUCGGUAUCUACUUGACGCUGCUCAUUUUGGGCCUCGAGAACAGUCGUUAAUAAUGGAGUACUUUGAUCGAGUUUGUGGAGCGCAGAACACAGCUUCACUGGAGAUAUUUACCCAGCUCAUGGCUGGGUUCGGUUUCCCUCCCGAUCAAGCCCCUGACUUCUUCAGAGCGUUUGACAUAAAGAAGGAUAACGAGAUAACAAGCCAGGAGUUUAUAUUGGGGCUCGCUGCAAUGGAUCCUAAUACACCACACGGCAGCUCUUCUGCGGAAAUGAGGUGCCGAUACAUAUUCCGAUACUACGACAAAAAUUUGGAUGGUAAACUUGACUUCACGGAAUUCUGCCACAUGGUCGGUGAUAUUCAGAGAUUGAAGAAUCCCGACAUUUCUACUGAAGGGAUCCACGAAGAAGCCGUUCAACUAGCCAAAGUGUUCAGCUCGGAGGAUAAGUCUUCCUUGUACCUCACUGAAUUCUUGACAGCGGUUGGUAUGCUGAAGUUCAGGGGAACGAGCUCCCUCUUCCGACUACAGAAAUCUGCCGUUAAAUAUGACGCAGUCAGAAGUCCACAAGCCCCAGUAACGCAGAAAAAUGACGAGGAAGCGAAGGAUAUGAAUGUGGAAGGAAUGACAUUUUCAGCAAAUGACGUCAAUGACAACGUCAAACCAGGAGAUCCGCAAUAUGAGUUGGCCAUGCACACGGUUAAAGUAAGAAGAACGGGCACAAUCAGCGACGUAGCAGUUCUCUGGGACAGUGACCAAGUCAAGAAUCUGGCCAUGACUCUCAGCUCCGCACAACUGUGCCGCGCUAACGAGGAAGCUAAACAGAAGGACGGUAAUCUCUAUAACACUCUCGUUAUCGACAGAAGCCACUCAGUCGAUACAUUUAAUGAGCACUCCAACCCUAACGAGAUGUUGUCGGGCCUGCGGUACUUUGAGAGACACAUCAAGAGUGACCCAAAUAACCAGGGGAUACCCAAAUCUGCCUUCAGCUGGGGGUGUGUGGACCCCAACCUUCUGGGAACUUGCAUGCUUAGUAUCGCCGAACAGGUACAAAAAGUGUUUGUGACGGAGCCGCGUCUGCUCAACCUUACCAGUCCUACAUACAUCCUGGGGGAUGUUCACGGCAACUUCCACGACCUUGUAGCCUUUGAAAAGGUGUUAUGGAGAAUGGGUCCAGUGCUGACCCCCAGUAACUUCUUAUUCCUGGGUGACUACGUCGACAGAGGAGAUUAUGGGUUAGAAGUGGUCGCUUACCUUUUUGCUCAGAAACUGAUCGCUCCUCAGAAAUUCUUUCUUAUCAGAGGCAACCACGAAGUGAGGAAUAUUCAGCAGAUGUUUACUUUCAAAUCAGAGUGCUUAUCAAAGUUUGGAGAUGUCAUGGGAGAGAAAGUGUGGGAGGCUGUCAACAAGUGUUUUGACGCUCUACCCUUGGCGGCAGUUAUAGACGAUAAGAUAUUUUGCGUACACGGAGGUAUACCCUCCCCUGAGAAUGGUGGUGGAUAUUUGUCCGUGUUCGAGGACAUUCCUCACGAUCUACCUAACCCUGAGAAGGAAUCCAGGCUGGCUUGGGAGGUGAUGUGGUCAGAUCCUCUGAGAGAGGAUGAACUUGAUACACAAACUAAAGAGGAAGUAAAAGACUCUGGAGGUUUUAUCGCAAACCAUCGGCGAGGAACGGCCUACCUUUUCUCUCGAGAGGCUUUAGAAGCAUUUCUGAAGAGAAAUAAACUCUCUCAUGUAAUCAGAGCACACGAGGUUAAACAGGCAGGCUUCCAGGUCCAACAAAACGGAAAGCUUCUCACAGUGUUCUCCUCUUCCGGCUAUUGUGGGGGAACGAACCAAGCGGCCUGCAUCCUGGCAGACCGGAACAAGAUAAGAACUAUUAGGAUUGACACUUCAUAACCCUUCACCCGACCCUCACCAUCGUGCAGCUGUCCAGGUCCACAUAGUUCACAUGUGGUCGGAAUGUUCGGAUUGCAUGACAACCGCGCUUUAUAAGGCCAAAACUGGGGUAUUUUGGUGAUUGUCAUGUGCUCCGAGCAACCCGGCCACAUGUUGGCUGUGUGCGACUUAAAGUCAAUAUUUGUGUACGUCACACUGUACGUCACUGUGUACGUCACACUGUCCUUUGUACAGAAACUCUAGGAAUACCAAGUUUCAAGUGCCAGAGGUUUGAUUUAAUAUAUUUGUAAUUUAUUAAUUGGUGCUGGAUGCUGAGCUUGAAUCGUUUUUAUCAAGAAAAUGGGUCAGUUUUAAAUGCAGUGCUGUUUAGUAACCGCUUAUUAUGUUAUACGUUUUGGUGACUGCUUGAGAGCUGAUGGGCACCAGUGUUAUGUAAAACUCCGUAAUCAAUAAAAAUGUCGGCGUUUUUAACAAGUUUUGGUAUCUAAGAUAUGAUUUGAUAGAAUUAAAAGUUUUAAGGUGUUGAGUUGGGCAAUUGUAAAUACUGGUACGUAUACCACGGUGGCGAAAAACUAGCCGUUAACGCUCAAAAUAACAAAAAAAAUACACGAAAAGCUUUGAAUUUAGAGGCCAGGUUUUCGCGGCCGUGGUAGAGGAACUAAUGGCAAUGCCUUUUUGUAGCAUGAUUGCAGAGCAGCACUAGCAGUGCGCUUAACAGUCGAUAGAAGGGACCUGUAAUUGUUAUGUUGGAUAUGGAUCGGAGCCUUUUGUCUUUGCCCCAAAAGUACGUAUUAUGAAAUGUUUGAUCGUUACGUCACGAUACAACUAUAUCUACUACUUGGCACUAUUUCUCGUAACGAGAAGCCACAUUUAAGUUUAUAAUGGGGCAAUUUAAUCGAAAAGCGUCAAAGGCCAUUGAUUAAUGACCAUUUUCGGGUCUAACGGAGAAACAGAAUUAUGUUAUGCAUAAAAUGUCGUUGUAUCCCAUGAUUUCUGAUUUAAACGAUGGGGGCAAUUCAAUCGAAAAGCGUCAAAGGCCAUUGAUUAAUGACCAUUUUGGGGUCUAGCGGAGAAACAGAAUUAUGUUAUGCAUAAAAAGUCGUUGUAUCCCAUGAUUUCUGAUUUAAACGAAGUGAGUACAGUACUGUGUUGGUUAUAAAAUUGGUUCGAAUUUAUUUUGAUCAAA